GCGGCGGAGGUGGGCGCGAGUCUGCGGGCUGAGGCCCGGUCGGUCCCUGCGUCGCGGGCCGGGAGGCGGACGCAGGUGGACUGGUCCCCUGCUCUUCCCGGGGCCUACGCGAGGUGCGCGCCGCGGGGUGGUGGAUCGAUCCCCUGGUGUCGGCGCGGGAGUCUCGUUCCUGUGACCUGUAAGUCCGCUUCAGCAAACCUUUUGAUGCCUGACCUUCCCGUCAGGGGAUUACACUCAAAUUCUUGUUUAGAAAAUGGGUCCUGCAAGACGCCUGGUUACCAUCAAAAGGAGCGGGGUGGAUGGCCCUCACUUUCCGCUGAGCCUCAGCACCUGCUUGUUUGGAAGGAGUAUCGAGUGUGACAUUCGUAUUCAGCUUCCUGUAGUGUCUAAACAACACUGCAAAAUUGAAAUCAGUGAGCAGGAGGCAGUAUUGUUUAAUUUCAGUUCCACAAAUCCAACACAAAUAAACGGAUCUACUUUUGAUAAACCUGUACCGCUAAAACAUGGCGAUGUGAUAACUAUUGUUGAUCGGUCUUUCAGGUAUGAAAAUGAAAGUCAUCAGGAUGGAAGCAAGUCACCUGGAUUUCCGGGACAAAGAUGGGACCAGGAAGCUUCGCGUCGGAUCUCAAGAUCCAGCUUAUCUUCCAAUCCAGGGAAAGCUCAAGAUUCCAGCGCCCAUUCAGAAGUCACAGAGGAAGCUGUUUCAGGAAAGCCUGUGGCCCAUGGGGAAGACGUCACAGCCGCACAUGCUGUCUCAGGGCGCCGGGAAGACCAUGUGUCCAGGAAAACACCCAGUCGUGUUCGUUCCUCAGAACUUCCUGGAGAUACCUGCAGAGGUGCGACGGAUCCUACCACCAGGGACUUGAAAGAAGAUCCCAGUGUAGCAUCAGGGACCUGUCGUGAAGAACCAAAGGCUCUUUCCUCCAUACAAUGUCUUAAGAGGAGUGACCAAAGUGAGUCUCCCUUUAGGAAGCUUUACGAGUCAAUGAAAGUGGAGUUGGAUGUGAACCCAGGAAACGGCAAUGUUCUGCAGAAUCGCAGAAAAUCAGGACUGCAGCAUCACAGCCCAGCGGGCAGAGAAAGCGCCGAUGGGUUACAGGACGAGACUCUGCUCUCCCCCAAAUCCAGAUGGAAGUCGGGCCGAAGCCCCCACAUGAAGGCAGACCCUGGUUUGGGGGAGCAAGGAAAUAGCCAGACUGAGGGAGACAGGAGCGGGGAGCUGGUUCAGAUGCCCAAGGAGCCCAGGAGUCCUGGCAUCGCCCUCACGGAGAUGCAGACAAGGAAAACCAGGACCCCUGUGCGGUGUUCACAGCAAACCACGAUGCCCCUGCGGUGUUCACCACACAGCCCCUCCCAGAGGCGGCGGAGUGAAGACCUGAGUGUCGGCGGUGGCCGUGUAUCCCAGAGUCUAGACCAAAGUGAAGGCUCCAGGGCAGAUGAUCAGAUGUUCACUCCCCAGAAGUUCUUGCCUGGAAAUCAAACACCUGUUAAAAUUGGGAGUUUUGAAAAUACACCAGAAAAGCUUUUCUCCAGAAAGAGGAAGAGGGUGCCUGCAAAUGUUGACCGUCUGACUGCAGAAACUGAGAUUCCACCUCCGACAAUCUCAGCUCCACUGGCCCUUAAAGUUGAAAGGAAGAUUCAGAGCGAUCUUCUCAACAACCCUGAGAAGCUGGGCCUGGCAACUGGACACGUGGGCCCUGGGUUAUCCGGUCUCGGUGCAGCUGACGUCAGCAGCUUCGGUGAUUCCACAAAUAAGAUGGAGGGCAUGGCUGCAAAGAGGAGGCGGGUCUCCUUUGGGGGUUGCCUGAGACCCGAAUUAUUCGACGAAAACUUACCGCCCAACACACCUCUCAAAAGAGGAGAGACGCCAAAGCAAAGACGGUCACUGGCGGCCCACACGCCCACCGUCCUGAAGAAAAUCAUCAAGGAGCAGCCCCAGCCAUCAGGGAAAGAAGAUUCUUCAGAAGUCCGUCUGAAAGUGACCUCGCCGGAUGUCUUCAUGAGCUCUCCGGCUGCUAACGCCAUCCACGCUUCUGCGGCCACUCCUGACCGAUGCCGCAGGCUGUCCAAGGCGUCUUGCGUGUCCGGGGUCAGCAGGUCCCCGCAUCAGACAGAUGUCCCCAGAAAAGGAGGGAGACGGAGCGGCAGCCUCCCUCCCCAGAGAGCGUCCCUGGAGCGGAACCAGCACGGGAUCCUCCAGACGAUUUUCUCCAGGAGAAGGAGCGGUGCCUCAGAGGCCAAUUUGAUCGUGGCAAGAUCAUGGGCAGAUGUGGUGAAACUCGGUGCCAAGCAGGCCCAGAAUAAAGCUGUGAAACGUGGCCUUCCCAAGCAACCGGGCAGACGGCAGAGAAGAGCCAGCACUCCGAAGAAGCCGCCCGGCCCCGUUCACAGUCAGUUCAGCACCGGCCACGCGAACUCUCCCUGCACCAUCGUCAUAGGGAAAGCUCAGCUCGAGAAAGUGACCGCGCCAGCUCGGCCCUACAGGGUGAUAAACAACUUCUUGGUCAGCAAACCGAGGGACUUCAGUGAAGAUCUUUCAGGGCUGCCUGAAAUGUUCAAGACACCAGUAAAAGAGAAGCUGCAAAGGAUGAGCAUGUGUCCCCCCACUUUUCCAAAUUCAGAGGAUUUGCUUGGAAAAGAGCUUCCAGGACCUCAUUCAGGAGAAAAACCUCUGCUGUGCACUUUGGAAAAUUUUGGCGAGGAUGUGUUUCCUAGGACUCAGGAUACAGCGAAAGGGCCAUCUGAUCAAAGUUCUGCAAACCCUGCCUUGAGACGCCCCAGUAUUAAAAUGAACAAAGAUCCUGUGAAAACACCAAGGAGCAUGAAUGAAACCAUAGCUGCUGAGAUGAAAACUCCUGUGUCCACGACAGCGACUCCAAAGGCAACAUCAAGUGCAAACAGGUCUAGAAGGUCUGCGGAGCUCAGUGGUGUGCAGACGCCGGGUACAGGGCCAGAGAACCAAGACGCAAAACCUGACACCGUUGAGGACAUCUUGGGAAGACGUCUGAGGAAAACACCACAACCAGAGCUGAAGCUGGAGAGAUACACAAAGGAAAGUGAAAAGUCGUUCGAACAAUGUAAGCAAAACAUCAAAUCAAAAGAAAAUUCUGAAAAGACAAUAGCUGUGAGGAGAUCAAGAAGAGCCUCAGAGCUGAAGUGUGAACCAGCGGCAGACCUGACCACCCUCCAGAGAUCGCAGGACACAGAGCCCGAGGAGAAGCAGGUGGACAUCCUGAGUCUCCUACAGACUCCAGUUCAUGCCAAGGAAGUGACGGAUGCAAAGAACAAAGCCACAAGGAUGAGCUGUAAGUCUCCCAAGCCAGGAGCAGUCAGCACACCCACCAGCAUGAGCACACAGCUCAAGACACCGUCCCAGAAAGUGGGUGUAGGAAGUUUCUCGGACCUUAGGAAGCUCUCAGAAACUCUGGGGAAAGCCGCGCCCACUCAAAGAGAACCAAGAGAUGCUAAAAGCAUCCAAUUGUUUAAGGAAACUUCAAAGCAGAAACUGGACCCUGCAGAGAAUUCUGCUGGAAGUAAGAGGAGGCCAACGACACCCAAGGGAAAGGCCCCACCUCUGGAAGACCUGGCUGGCUUCAAAGAACUCUUCCAAACCCCUCAUCAAGCCAAGGGACCAAUGACUGAUGACAAAACCACCAAAACACCCUGUACAUCUCCACAGUCAGAGCCAGUCAACACACCAAGUAGAAGGGGACGUCUCAGGACACCUUCCCAGAAGGUGAAUGUGCAGGAGGACCUCUCAGCUCUCAGGAAACCUCAACAAACACCAGGAAAAACCACACGGUCACCCAGAGAACCAGAGGGUGGUGACAAGGGCAUUGCAGUGUCUCAGGAAGCUCCAGAAGAGAUGCUAGACCUUACAGAAAAGGUACCUUCAGCCAAGAGGCGACCAAGGACACCCAAGGGAAAGGCCCAGCCCCUGGAAGACCUGACCGGCUUCAAGGAGCUCUUCCAAACCCCAGAUCAAACCAGGGAACCCAUGACAGAUGCCAAAACCACCAAAACACCCUGUAAAUCUUCUCAACCGGAGCCAGUCAACAUACCAAGUAGAAGGGGACGUCUCAGGACACCUUCCCAGAAAGUGGACGUAGAGGAGGAGCUCUCAUCUCUCAGGAAACCUCAACAAACACCAAGGGGAACCGGGCAGUCAGAUAGAGAACCAACAGAUGGUGAUGAAGACAUCAAAGUGUCCAAGGAAAUGCCAAGGCAGAAAAUGGACCCUUCAGAUUAUGUGACUGGAAUUAAGAGGCAGUCAAGGACACCUAAAGAAGAUGUCCAGUCUCUCAAAGACCUGACUGGCUUCAGAGAACUCUUCCAAACCCCAACCCACACCAAGCUGCCAAGGGCUAUUGUCAAAACCCCCCAAAUGCUUGGCCAGUCUCCACAACUGAAACCAGUCAACAUGACACCAACUAGAAGGGGACGUCUCAGAACACCUUCCCAGAAAAUGGACAUGCAAGAAGACCUCUCAGCUCUCAGGAAACCUCAGCAAACACCAGGGGAAACCACACAAUCAUCCAGAGAGCCAGAGGCUGGUGACAGAAGCAUUGCUGUGUCUCAGGAAGCUCCAGAAGAGAUGCUAGACCUUGCAGAAAAGGUACCUGCAACCAAGAGGAGGUCAAGAACACCCAAGGGAAAGACCCCACUACUGGAAGACCUGGCUGGCUUUAAGGAGCUCUUCCAAACUCCACUUCAGGCCAAGGAAACAAUGACAGAUGAAAAACCCACCACAAUACCCUCUAAAUCUCCACCAGCAGAACCAGUCAACAUGCCGACCAGUAAGAAGAGACGACUCAAGUCAUCUCCCCGGGAAGUGGGCAUAGAGGAGGAGCUCUCAGUGCUCAGGAGGCCUGCACAGGCUCCAGGGGGAACCAGGCACUCAGAAGGAGAAGCAGCAGGUGAUGGUGAAGACAUCAAAGCGUUCAUGGAAACACCAAGGCAGAAACUGGACCCUGCAGAAAAUGUGACUGGAAUUAAGAGGCAGCUAAGAACACCCAAGGAAAAGGUCCAAUCUCUAGAAGACCUGACUGGCUUCAGAGAGCUCUUCCAGACCCCAGAUCACACCAAGGAGCCAAAGGCUGUUCUCAACACACCCCAAAUGCUCUGCACAUCUUCCCAAUCAGAGUUAAUUGUCACACCAACCAAUAGAAAGAGACAGCCCAGGACACUUCUUGGGAAGGUGGAUACAGAGAAAGAACUGUCAGUGCUUAGGAGACACACACCAGCGUCAGGGCAAACCAUGCAUACAUGGUGCAGAGAACCAGGAGAUGAUGAUCAAAGCACUGAAUCAUUUGAGGAAACGCCAAAGCAGAAACUGGGCCCUGCAGAGAAUUCUGCUGGAAGUAGGAGGCCAACGACACCCAAGGGAAAGGCCCCACCUCUGGAAGACCUGGCUGGCUUCAAAGAACUCUUCCAAACCCCUCAUCAAGCCAAGGGACCAAUGACUGAUGACAAAACCACCAAAACACCCUGUACAUCUCCACAGUCAGAGCCAGUCAACACACCAAGUAGAAGGGGACGUCUCAGGACACCUUCCCAGAAGGUGAAUGUGCAGGAGGACCUCUCAGCUCUCAGGAAACCUCAACAAACACCAGGAAAAACCACACGGUCACCCAGAGAACCAGAGGGUGGUGACAAGGGCAUUGCAGUGUCUCAGGAAGCUCCAGAAGAGAUGCUAGACCUUACAGAAAAGGUACCUUCAGCCAAGAGGCGACCAAGGACACCCAAGGGAAAGGCCCAGCCCCUGGAAGACCUGACUGGCUUCAAGGAGCUCUUACAAACCCUAGAUCAAGCCAGGGAACCCAUGACAGAUGCCAAAACCACCAAAACACCCUGUACAUCUCCACAACCAGAACCAGUCAACACACCAAGUAGGACACCUUCCCAAAAAGUGAAUGUGCUGGAAGGCCUCUCAGCUCUCAGGAAACCUCAACAAACACCAGGAAAAACCACACGGUCACCCAGAGAACCAGAGGGUGGUGACAAGGGCAUUGCAGUGUCUCAGGAAGCUCCAGAAGAGAUGCUAGACCUUACAGAAAAGGUACCUUCAGCCAAGAGGCGACCAAGGACACCCAAGGGAAAGGCCCAGCCCCUGGAAGACCUGACUGGCUUCAAGGAGCUCUUACAAACCCCAGAUCAAGCCAGGGAACCCAUGACAGAUGCCAAAACCACCAAAACAUUCUAUAAAUCACCAGCAGAAACAGUCAACAUGCCGACCAGUAAGAAGAGACAACUCAAGUCACCUCCCCAGGAAGUGGACAUAGAGGAGGAGCUCUCAGUGCUCAGGAGGCCUGCACAGACUCCAGGGGGAACCAGGCACUCAGGAGAAGCAGCAGGUGAUUUUGAAGACAUCAAAGCAUUCACAGGAAUGCCAAGGCAGAAACUGGACCCUGCAGAAAAUAUGACUGGAAUUAAGAGGCAGCUAAGAACACCCAAGGAAAAGGUCCAAUCUCUAGAAGACCUGACUGGCUUCAGAGAGCUCUUCCAGACCCCAGAUCACACCAAGGAGCCAAGGGCUGUUCUCAAAACCCCUAAGAUGCUCUGUCAGUCUCCACCACUGGAACCAGUCAACGUAACACCAGGUAGAAGGGGAAGUCUCAGGACACCUUCCCAAAAAGUGGACAUGCAGGAAGACCGCUCAGCUCUCAGGAAGCCUACACAUACACCAGGGAUGACCACACACUCACCCAAAGAGCCAGAGGGUGGUGACAGAGGCGCUGCAGUGUCUCGGGAAACUCCAGAAGAGAAACCAGACCCUGCAGAAAAUUUAACUGCAAGCAAGAGGCGGCCAAGGACACCCCAGGAAAAGGCCCAACUCUUGGAAGACCUGGAUGGCUUCAAAGAGCUCUUCCAAACCCCAGAUCAUGCAGAUGGAGCAAUGACUGAUGACAAACUCACCACAAUGCCCUGUACAUCUCCACCAGCAGAAGCAUUCAACACGCCAACAAGUGAGAAGAGACGACUCAAGUCAUCUCCCCAGAAAGUGGAUGUAAAGGAGGAGCUCUCGGCACUCAGGAGGCCUGCACAGACUCCACGGGGAACCAGGCACUCAGAAGGAGAACCAGCAAGUGAUAGUGAAGAAAAAGCAUUUACGAAAACUCCAAAGCAGAAACUGGACUCAGCAGAAAGUUUAACUGGAAGCAAGAGGCGGCCAAGAGCAUCACUUAAGGAAAAGGCCCAGCCCCUGGAAGACCUGACUGGCUUUAAAGAGCUCUUCCAAGCCCCACGUCAAUCCAAGGAACCAAUGACUGAAAACAGUAUCCCUCAAAUGCUCUGCCAGUCUCCACAACCAGAACCAGUCACCAUAACACCAGCUAGAAGGGGGCAUCUCAGGACACCUUCCAAGACAGUGGACAGGCAGGAAGACUGCUCAGCUCUCAGGAAGCCUCAGCAAACACCGGGGGAAGCCACACACUCACCCAGAGAGCCAGAAGGUGGUGACAGAGGCACCGCAGUGUCUCGGGAAGCUCCAGAAGAGAAACUGGACUCUGCAGAAAACAUAACUGCACGCAAGAGGUGGCCAAGGAUACCUAAGGAGAAAGCCCAGCCCCUGGAAGACCUGAGUGGCUUCAAAGAGCUCUUCCAAACCCCAGAUCAUGCAAAGCAACCCAUAAUGAUCGAUGACCAUCCCCUUGCCAUACCCUAUAAAUCACCAGCAGAACGCGUUACCAGGAGAACAAGUAGAAAGAAACAACUCAGGUCAUCGCCAGAGAAAGUGGGUGUAGAAGAGCCCUCAGCACUCAGGAGGCCCUCCCAGACUCCGGAGGAAGCCACACGCAUGCAGAGAGAAGCUGAAAAGGAUGAAAAAGACAUCAAAGUGUGUAAGAAAACUUCAAGGCAGAAACUGGUCUCAGCAGAAAAUGUAACUGGCGUCAAAAGUCGGCGAAGAAACAUUAAAGAACAGGCCCAACCCACAGAAGACCCAGCCAGGGUCAAAGAGCCCUUCCAAAACCCCAACCAGACCGAGGAACCAGCGAGUGAUGUAAAAAUCGCUCCAGCGUCCUGCCAGUCUCCACCAGCACAACCAGUCAUCAGGAGAAUGACCAGACAGAGACGGCUCAGGUCACCACCAGGAAAAGUGGCCGUGGAAGAGCCCUCAGCGUCCACAGGGCCUAUACAGACACCAGGUGAUACACACACAGAGCCUGUAGGCAAAGAAAAAGACAGCAAGGUGUUGAAGGAAACUUCAGGGCAGAAACUGAGUCCUGCAGAGAAUGUAACAGGCAUCAGGAGUCGGCUAAGAACACUUAAGAAAAAGACCCAACCCCUGGAAGACUCAGCCAGUGUAAAAGAGCUCUUCCAAAAGCCAGAUCAGGCCAAAGAAGCAGACAGUGAUGUUACAAUAGCCCCAGGGCCCCGCCCAUCCCCACCAGCAGAACCGGUCACCAGGCCAACAAGCAGAAAGAGGCGGCCCAAGUCAUCACCAGAGAAAGUGGACAAAGAAGAGCCCACACCGACACCAGGGGAAAGCACAUGGGGCCAGCCUGCACCUGAUGAAAAAGACAGCAGAGUGCUGAAGGAAAAUCCAAGGCAGAAACUCAAUCCUGCAGAAAAUGUAACUGGAGUCCGGAGUCGGCUAAGAACACUGAAGGAAAAGACCCAACCCCUGGAAGACCCAGCCAGUGUCAAAGAGCUCUUCCAAGACCCAGAUCAGGUCAAAGAACCAGAGGGUGAUGUUACAACCAUUCCAAUGCCCCGCCAGUCUCCACCAGCAAAACCCAUCACCAGACCAACAAGCAGAAAGAGGCGACUUAAGGCGUCGCCAGAGAAAGUGGACAUAGAAAGGCCCUCGGCGCUCAGAGAGCCCACACAGACACCAGGGGAAACCACACACAGCGAGCCUGUACGUGAUGAAAAAGACAACAGGGUGUUGAAGGAAAAUUCAAAGCAGAAACUCAAUCCAGCAGAAAAUGUAAUUGGGGUCAGGAGCCGACUAAGAACACUGAAGGAAAAGACCCAACCCCUGAAAGACCUGGCCGGUGCCAAAGAGCUCUGCCAAAAGCAAGAUUGGGCCAAGGAACCAGUGAGUGAUGGCACGACGGCUCCAGCGCCCCACCAGUCUCCACCAGCACAACCAGUCACCAGGAGAACAGCUAGACAGAAACAGCUCAGGUCACCACCAAGAAAAGUGGCUGUAGACAAGCCCUCAGCGCUCAGCAGGCCUGCACAGACUCCAGAGGAAACGACGCACACAGAACCUGUGGGCAAUGAGAACAAGAUCAAGAUGGCCAAGGAAACGUCAAGGAGGAACCUGAACUCAGCAGAAAACUUCAUUGGCGUCAGGAGUCGGCGAAAAGCAUUUCAGGAGAAGACCGUGGAAGACCCGGCCAGUUCCCAGGAGCCCUUCCAAAAGCCUGAUCAGGCCGAGGAACUGGAAAGCAGUUCUACUGCCAUCAAGAGAGCCUCAAAGCAAACAGCAGACAGAAGACCUGUAGAAACAUCCCGAAGAGUCCUCAGGGCCCCUAAAGUAAGAUUCACAGAAGACCUUGAGGGCAGCAGAGAGCCUGCAAAACACCCAGGUGAAAGUUGCGUUUCCCUGUCCCCCGAGAGGGAGCAGGGAGAAGACGGAAGAGUCACAGGCAGGAAGAGACUGCGCCCUGUGACAGCUGCCCAGGACCCCGAGGACGAGAGACCACUCCAGAAGAAGCAGAGGACAGCCCCCAGGGAGACAUGGGAGCCCCCCGAACCCCCAGGAGUGAAGAAGAGAAGCCUGCGGACCUUGGCACAAAGGACUGAACCUGUGGGAAACCUGCCCGAUGAUGACCUGAAAGCUAAAGCUACGGAUCCGCAAGAAGUCGCACAGGCUCCGAAUAAGGGAGUGUCCCUGCGUUCCAGGCGUCCUGCUAAAACUUCUGUAGAGGAGCAAAGACCUGAGGUUCUUAUAUCAGAAGAAAAGGUGAAAAUAAACAGAAGCAAAAAGAAGUCCGUGCAGCCCUCCCAGGAGAUGAAGCUCCAGAGCCCUGAAGAUGGAGCCAAGAAGCCUGCCUCUGGGAGCAAAGUUGAAGAGAGGAGGACACGCUCAAGACCUGGGAGGCAGAACCAGACGCCUUUGCCUGAGGCUGCAGAAGAGAAAGCGAGGGAGGGAAGGGUGGACAUCCCAGCGAAGAAGCAGGAAGAGAAGGAAGGGACAGGACUUUCAGACCCCAAGGGUUCGAGAUCCAGAAAGGUUAGCGUUCGCCCUCGAGGAAACCCUUCGGAGACUGCAUCCGAGCAGAGAGUGACCCGGAGUGCCAAGAGAUGUGCCCACAGUCUUCAGAAGGAAAGUGAAAACGUGUGUGUCAAGAAAAUAAGAACCAGAAAUCGUCGAGACCCUGAAGAUAUAUAGCUAAGAAGUUUAAAGGGGGGUGGGGGGAGUAAUGAAUUUAGUGAUAAGUUGUAGUACGAUAUUUGCCGUAAGUUUUAAAGUGAAUUCUGUAAAUAAUGCUACUGGGGGUGGGGUGGGGUGGGGGUUUAAGGGAAGAAGGCUUAGAAUUUUCUAACUCAAGAGUUUAUUCAAAAGCCCCCACAUGGAGAUUAUGAAGGAGACCUCUGAGUCUCCUAAAUUAGUAAAACAUUUAAGACUUGAGUAGGGGGUGGGAGGGUGGGGGGAGUUUGCCAAGGUGUGGCCUUCAUCUCGGUGAAAUGAAGCCCCGGGGUUUGUGACUGCCGCGGUCGAUCCGUCGGCCGUGGGCCCCAGUGCUCGCCACGCUGCUGUAAAUGCUUCUCUGUGUGUCUGUGUCCUGUGUGCGUCCUCACGCAAACGUGAAAGGCAGGGGCUCAGGACUCAGGAAUGAAUGGGCAGAGGACGAGAACAAUGAAAGUCAGGGUGUCCGCCUUCACCCCGGGGAGACCGCGGGUCCAGGCGCUCGGGCUGCGGGCCAUCUGCACAGGACAGUCCUGUUUGCUGCCCUGGCCUCGGAGGCGAGACGUGAUUCCGAGGCUGGUUUGUGCCGCCAUCUGCAGGGUAGUGUGACGCUUUGCUUGAGGAAGGCCUGCCAGCUUGCCUGUUCCACGUGAAGUGUCUCUGUCUGAACUAGGACUGUUUUCAUCUGAGGGCAUCUCCCCACCCGGCCUGAGGGCCACUGGCCCGCGCACCCCUCGAGUCCGCGCUGUGACACCCCUCCACGCCCUCGUGUCCCGUUUUCCGAGUCUUCUCUGCCCUCGCCUGUGCUUUCUCUGCCCACACCUGUUGACCUGACCUUGCACUUUCCCCCAGAAAGAGCAGCCAUUUCUGACACUUGGAGCUCGAGGCCAUUGCGUCUCGUUUUUCGCCUGGGUGUCCGUCCUCCUUUGGUUUCAGAGCCACCCGUCUCACUGCUGUUUCGCUCUGUCCUCCGGCUCCUCCGUGUUCCCUGGGUCAGAUGCGAGCGCCCCGUCCCCUCCAGUCACCCGUGUGGAGGCCUCCCCAUCCGCCUGCCCUGCCUGGUGGAGGCGAGGCUGGCUGUGCCCGAGCACGCGAGCUGUCACCUGGUGCCUCCGUCGACUCUUGUGUUCCCCCCAGGUCUGGCGUGGAGCGAGGUCCCCAUCACAAUAAACGCUUUUGAACAAA